CACCAAUAUUCUAUCCCCAUGUAGCGCGCCACUGGCGGCCGGUUCUUACUCCCGACUGGUCAGCUUCUCCUGUCGGUUACUAUCCACUUUCCCCUUUCUGCCAGGACCUCCCUCUCGAGCACAUCUCCUUUCUGGUGUGCUGAACCCGCAUCACGCACAGUUGCAUGGUAUACCACUGCGACGCUGCACCAUAGAAUUGGCAGUUCCCAGUUCGUCCCUGGGCGCUUCGAGUGCUUACCAUUGGCGGUUCUUACACACCAUCUUGUCAUUCUCGAAUGGUGUUGGUGGGGGCCAGGUAAAAAAGCUUGGGAGUGAAGCUUGAGUUGCAUAGAUACAGAGAUCGUCACCCCCAAAUGUGUGCACAUAUCUCCCGGCCCCUUCCCGAUGUCCUCGUUCGCAAGCCCUCCAUCUUGCUUUAUUUACCCAAAUUCUCUCGUUACUGAAUUGUUUUGAUUUCCGACUUCUCUUCUCUCAAUAUACAAAAAUCCUCCGUAACUACAUAUCUUAAUAUUAUAUUUUAAACGGCGACCAUUGCUGGCCACUGAUCGCCACCAUCGGCAAAAAUCAUCACAAGCUUAAUCCUGGGUAUUACAUCAAUAGGAAGGACUGAAGGUAUACAUACGUCUUCAUUCAACCGACAAGACACCUACUAGGCAUCAAAACCCAGACUCAGCAGAAAAGAAUGGCUUCCAGAAGAAGAGCUGCCUUCGCACUUACGGCACUGCUCAUUAUCCCAGCUCAUGUAUCCGCUUUGCAAGUGUCGCCAAACUCGCCUUGUGCGCCCGUCUGUCUUGACCGGGAGGAUCAGGAUGUUUCGAACCCAAACUCAUCCGUCACUCGACCCGUCGACAUGACCUGCAAAGAUGACGACUACUCCAAGACGGCAACAGGGACCAAGUGGAAGAGGUGUAUGACUUGUCUUGAGAAGAGCAGUUUCUCUCAAGGCGGCGAGUCGGAUCAGGGUUGGUUUUUGUACAACACGCGGUACAACUUCAACUACUGCAUCUUCGGAUAUCCUAACAACACUGAGAUUGGUUCAAACCCAUGUCAGACAUCCCGAGCUUGUGGAGCCCUCAAAGACGCACUACUGGAUGGCAACAUGGAUCCGGAAAAGUCAACAGAGUAUGGUUAUUGCAAUGCCGAUGGCAGUUCCAUGACAGGGGAAUUCUUUGAUAAGUGCCUCACUUGCAUCGCGUCGUUUAGAGACCAGGUUGUCGUCCGCAAUGGUCUCAUCGCCCUUGGAGCAGGCUGUCAGCAGCGGCCUGGUCCCGGCAAGGUACUGGGACUCAACGACACCAUAUUUGCAUCGACGCCUGUAGGCAUUCUCAGUGGAGAUGCAACAAACGAUAGUUCGCAUGCUCAGGGCGGAUCUACCACGCCGACCACCACCAUGAUCAUAGGUAUCGUCUCGGGAGUUAUUGUUGCCGGUGCAAUUGCGGGCAUUAUCUACGUGUGCGUGCGCAAGCGCCGUGACGCCCGCCGUCGCGCCAACGCGGCUCAGCAAGGUUGGAACCCUGCCACUGGCUACGAUCUCUCGCACAGUGGGAACGGUGACAAUGGCCCGAUGAGCCCUCUCUCCUUUCGUUGCCAAACGAACCUCUCCCCGACGGCACCACAGUUCUUCAACUUCAGCCCUGUGGAGGAGUAUAGGGACGACAAAUCGCAACCGAGACAGUACAUCACAUCUAUGUCACGGCACCAGCCCAGCGUGUCACCCGUGGCUGAAAAUCCUGGGCAUUUCACACAUGCGCAGUUUUCUCAAAUGCCGCAAUCGGAAAAGGAGGCCCUGGGACUGCACCAACUGACGACAACGGCGCUGCCCGCGGCGCCCAGGAACACCCACUACUCUCCGCACACUGGGCCAGGGAUGAUGCGCGGCUCGCCUGUGUCUGCGACGCCCACCUCAGCCACGCAGCUCCUUCCGGGUGGCGGAGUAGCCAUGUACGUGCCCGCCGACUAUGCAGGAACGCCACCAAUGCAUGCGCAACAGCAGCAGCCUAGCAUCUGGCAGCAACAGAGCUCGCCACCACAGCAGUGGGGAUGGCCAGGGCAGCAGACACAGCAGACACAGCAGACACAGCAGACACAGCAGCCGCAACAGCCGCAAUUUGAGUUUCCGCAGCAUCGACCGCACCAGUCGCCACCGGCGCCAAGCAAGAGCCCGAAGCUCCGAUUGCAGAGGAAGGGAUCAAUGGAGAAGCCCUCACAGGGGCUGAAGGAAAGCAUGGAAAUUCAGACUAGCUUUCCCGGGCCGCCUGGCAAGCGUUGAUUCGUGGAAGGGGAUCUGAACAGUCAUGUAUGGUUUUUUUAUAUUUUGUGGCGGGGACCGGGCUGUAAGGUUUUGUCUGUUCUACAAUCUCAUUUGUUUAAAUUUUUGCGUCACUUGAUCGAUUUGCGAGGCGUUUAGGCCACAGGGAGAUACCUGAUGAUGGGGGAAUAUGGGGUGCGUGGCUUGUUGGGGAUCGGGCGUCUAUGUGUGUGCGUUUGUUUGUUUUUCUUUGGUAGCACUCCUCAAGUAGACGAGUUAUACUGUGUGCUUAAAUAACCAGAAUGUCUUGAACAAUGUCUAUUCACCGCUAAUUCUUGGUUUCUGCAUCCGAGACAUGCCCCAGGCUCAAAGACAUUCGCAAGGUUGAGAGGUUUGAAAUCCGGGCGUCUUCUUAUUGGGCUUAUCUUCGGUCGUCGUAGAUCACAAGGUGUUGACUGAAUUGCUGCUGUUGCCACUGGUACGGAGCACUCGCCGACAGACAAACCGCGAUUUGGCGGACGGGGCUUACUCCGUAUAGGAAUUAACUUUGUUUUUGCUGUAUGAGAAAGUAAGUUGUAUGCCUUGGAAGGAAGCAUGUAAUCCAGUAAGAAGUGGCUAUGUCCUUUAUCAGCCAUGUACGUAGGGUCAGAUGAAGACAAAAAAAAAAAAAAAAAAUGUUGGGGUAGCGGGCGGAAUUUUCAACCCAUAUUGUGACAAAGUGAGAAGAAAACAAAAGAAAAGACCGAAAGAAAACAGAAGAAAAGAUAAACGGCACGAGCCAUUGCGGCACGAAGCGGUAAGCGGAAGCACGACACACAAGAAAAAUCAAAAAAGACAAGCCACUUUCUUUGUGUUUGUACCCGUAUCUUGUUGUACAACAA